AUGGAAAAGAAUGGGGAUUCAAUCGAUUUAUAUACACGUUGGAAACAUGAUGAACAACUUCUUCAACAUCGAACUCCUCCAGCAUCCGUACCCAAAGCAAUACCAUUUAAAUAUGAUACAAGUAAAUUUCUUGUACCCACAAUUGGACAAGUUCUUUAUACUGAUGGAUAUUCAUCAAUGAAACAGGAUGAUUACUAUGAAAGAACUAUAUUCGACGAAGAAAUGGAAAUACCAUCGAUUGGUACAGAUCAGAAAAAUUUUGAUCUAGCUGAAAUGGUUACGUUCGAUAUAAGUGGUACGUCAACACGUUUGCCAUUGAUGUGUAAAAUGAUUAUUUAUAAGCAAGGUGCAACACAUGAACGUGAACCACCAAUACUUGUACGUGAUGUAUGUGUUCAAUGGAAUGGAAUUGAUCGUCCACGCCGCAAUAGUAUGGAUUGUUUAUCAUCGAAUCGAAAACAGAAAUAUGAAUAUGCUUUAGAACGCGCGAGAAGUAGUGAUGAUCUUUUAGAUAGACAAGUGAAAUCGGCAGCUAGAAGAUUUCUCGAUGAAACAAAUCGAUGUGUUUCAAUGACUUCAUCUAUGACUGAUGAUGAUGAUGCAGCAUCAAUAGUCACAGCCGGUGGUACGAUACGACAUCGGGUAUCUCAUUUACUACAUCGUCAUCGAUAUCUACGUCAAAUAGAUGCAAAUUUACUUGGCUGUCAUGAAUUUUAUUCUGUUCCAUUUUAUCAAUAUCGUGGACGUCGUUAUGGACAGAAAAGUAUCGGAAUACAAAUGAAUGAAUCUGACUUGAUUAAUUCUCUUCAUCAUAGUGAAAAUUCCGAUGUAACAUCAUAUUCCGUAACAAUUAUUUUUCCAGUACGUGAUCGAAAUAAAACUAUCGAUGCUCAUUUAAAUGAGUCGAGACUACUGAACGUUAAUAUACCAGCUAAUAAUAGAACAAAACAUACAACUAUUGGUUAUUUAAAUACGAAAGAAUUUAUCACAAUUAAACGGACAAUACAUGGUCAAGUUGUUGAUACAUAA